AUGGACGCAGGCGGUCUCGCUCAGAUGUCCUUCAAUAACUUUCCUCCACCCAACGGGCUGGCCAUUCCCUCCGGAGGUCUGGCUUCCCGUCGCGGCAGCCAAAAUAUCAAACCCCUCUCGUUUGAUGCCAUCAAGCAGGGAGCCCCCAACGUCAAGGACGGUGGCCUUCCCACCCCUCGCACCAGCCGAUCCCACCUGCUUGCAGGGCUGAGGACUGCGCCCAAGUCUGCCACAGCUGCCUCGUUCGGUCCUAUGUCGCCUUCGGCCGACGUCUCCGCCCAACACUAUGCUAGGAACAGCAUGGCCGGCAACGUCCACGGUUACGCCCAGGACAACAAUGCCCUCAAUGGCCCCAAGACGGCCUUUCCUCAGUACGGCGCUCAGCAGGGCGGUCACCGGGGCAUGGUGGGGCAGCACCGCCAACAGCAGUACACGGUUGAUCAGGUUCUUGCGCCCCCGGAAAUUCCUCUCGACGAGCAGUCCCAGGAGCACAUGGACCCCAACCUGUACGCGCAGCUGGUUGCCACCAAUUUGUACCUCGCCCAGCAGCAGCAGCGUCUUCAGCAGCAGCUCAUGACCCAGCUUGCCAUCUACGAGCAGCAGCAACAGCUCCGGAACAUGCAGCAGCAGCUCGGCGUCCAAGCUGCCAUGGGACAGGGCCAGCAGGUCUACUACAACCCCGCCACGGGCCAGUAUUACAUUGACGCGACCGCGAAUCAGAUGGGUUCCCCCUAUGCCGAGCAGCCGCCCAUGACGCCUGGUUUCCAUGGGUUUCAGCAGCAGCAGCAGCAGCAGCAGCAGCAGCAGCAGCAGCAGCCUCGUCAGCAGCAGCCCGGUACCCCGCGACUUCAGGUAUCGCCACCGCCGGAACACCAAGCGCCGUUCCGAAGCGCAUCGCCUCCGAAGCGCUUUGAUUCUCCGUCAGACGUGACCCCCCUGCCGCCUCCAUCGGCCAAUGCUUUCCGCCGCGGCCACAAGAAGUCCUCCUCUCUGGCGCUCGCGAGCGGCUUGCCCGCUGCUGCCGGGGCCUUUGCCGACCCUCCCAUGUCGGCCGGGCCCAAGACCACUUCGUUUCCCUUGACACCGAUGACCGGAGGAUACGGCCCCGGCCAAGCCCGUGCGGGAGAGCACCCCGUUCGACAACCCCGAGGCCCGCCUUCGCUUGAUGAGCUGAGGGCGAAGCCCACUUCCAAGCACGAAGGUAGCAAGAACUUCGCCACUCGCACCCGACGAUCUGCGGUGCACAACCUUGUGCGGGCGGGCCUGGAGCGUCGAAAGGGCACCACCAGCUCCCCUGGUACCAUUAGCCCGGUGUCCGAGUCGGCCGAGGAAUCCUCGACCCCCAUUACCGACAACGAAUCCGAGUCUGGCCGUAGCGGCUCGGGAAGCUUGGUUGGCGAGUCGGAGUAUGCCAGCUCUCGUGCUUUUGCCAGGGGUGGCUGGGGCGCCAUCGGUUCCGAUCGACCCAGCUCUCGCUCUACGGCUCGUGCCGGCGACGACGGCGCCAGCAACGGCGGUGGAGCCCCGGCUUCCGAGUCGGAUGGCGGAUCCUUCGCUGACGUGUUCAAGAAGGGUGCUCUGCGAGCAUUCAAAGCACAGGAAUCGGACGGUAACCGCAAGCCUUCGAGGCUGGUGCUGACGAGCAUGGAGAAGCGCAAGGCAGUGCCCAUGGCGUAA